CGUCGCUCUGGGCGCCGCGCGGGUGGGUGGGAUCGUGGCGGAGCUCCGGGCGCCCCGGCCGGGGCGGGAGAGCGCCAUGGCGGCAGGCGGGGCGGCGGUAUCCGGGCCCCGCGCCGCGGCGAGGUGAGGGGCCGCCGCUCCUCCACGACGGCGGAGACCACCGCGGCGCGCCGGCUGCACGCGGGCCGCGCUCCGGCAUGGCCGGGAUCAUUAAGAAGCAGAUCCUGAAGCACCUGUCCCGGUUCACUAAGAAUCUUUCUCCGGAUAAGAUCAAUUUAAGUACUCUGAAAGGGGAGGGUCAGCUGACCAACCUGGAGCUGGAUGAAGAGGUUCUACAGAAUGUUCUGGAGCUGCCCACCUGGCUGGCCAUCACUCGCGUCUUCUGCAACAGGGCUUCCAUCCGGAUCCAGUGGACGAAGUUGAAGACACAUCCAAUUUGCUUGUGUCUGGAUAAGGUGGAGGUGGAAAUGAAGACCUGUGAGGAGCCCCGGCCCCCCAAUGGACAGUCUCCCAUUGCUCUGGCUUCAGGACAGAGUGAGUAUGGCUUUGCUGAGAAGGUGGUGGAGGGCAUGUUCAUCGUGGUCAACUCCAUCACCAUCAAGAUCCACUCCAAGGCCUUCCACGCGUCUUUCGAACUGUGGCAGCUCCAGGGCUACAGCGUCAACCCCCACUGGCAGCAGAGUGACCUCCGCCUCACCCGAAUCACGGAGCCCCGCCGCGGAGAGGUUUUAACCUUUAAGGAAAUAACUUGGCAGACACUUCGGAUUGAGGCAGAUGCCACAGACAAUGGGGAUCAGGACCCAGUCACAACUCCGUUGAGGCUGAUCACCAACCAAGGCCGGAUCCAGAUAGCCCUCAAGAGGAGAACCAAAGACUGCAAUGUCACGGCCUCCAAGCUGAUGUUCCUGCUGGACGACCUGCUGUGGGUGCUGACGGACUCGCAGCUGAAGGCCAUGAUGAAGUAUGCAGAGUCACUGAGUGAGGCCAUGGAGAAGUCAGCCCAGCAGAGGAAGAGUAUGGCCCCCGAGCCCGUGCAGAUCACCCCUCCUGCCCCCAGUGCCCAGCAGUCCUGGGCACAGGCAUUUGGUGCCAGCCAGGGCGGCAGCAGCAGCAGUAACCGCCUGAGCCAGUAUUUUGAGAAAUUCGACGUGAAGGAGUCCUCCUACCACCUGCUCAUCUCCCGCCUGGACCUGCACGUCUGUGACGACAGCCAGUCCCGGGAGCCAGGUGUCUCUGCGAACAGACUCAUGGGGGGUGCUAUGCAGCUUACCUUCCGCAAGAUGGCCUUCGACUAUUACCCCUUCCACUGGGCAGGUGAUAGCUGCACGCACUGGGUGCGGUACUGUGGGGCCAUGGAGACCCGGGAGCAGUGGGCCGAGAAGCUGGUGACAGAAUUUCAAAGGAAAAUGGAGAAGUGGCACGAGGAGACGGGUCUGAAACCGCUCUGGCACCUGGGCGUGGACUCUCCGUUCCGGAAGAAAGCAGAUUCUUUCUCCAGUCCUCGCAAGAACCCCUUGGAGAGAAGGCCCUCUCAGGGCCAGCAACCUGCCUUUGGGCCCCCGGCAUGGAAUCGUUUACGCUCGAGCUGUCUGGUCAUCCGAGUCGAUGACCUGGACAUCCACCAGGUCUCCACAGCGGGGCAGCCCAGCAAGAAGCCGUCCACACUCCUUUCCUGCAGCCGGAAACCUCGCGACACACCCACUCAGGUCUCCGCCGUCCAUAUUGAGUUCACAGAAUAUUACUUCCCGGAUAAUCAGGAGCUUCCAGUUCCCUGUCCCAAUCUCUACAUUCAGUUAAAUAGUCUCACGUUCACCAUGGAUCCUGUCAGCUUGCUUUGGGGAAACCUCUUCUGCCUGGAUUUAUACCGCAGCUUGGAGCAGUUCAAAGCUAUCUACAAGCUGGAGGAUUCGAGGCAGAAAGACGAACACCUGGACAUCCGGCUGGAUGCCUUCUGCUUGAAGGUGAGCUUCCCCCUGGAGAAGAGAGAGCGGGCAGCGCCGCACCGGCCGCAGGCCCUUGCCUUCUCUGUGUCAGGCCUGACCGCCACCAAUACCCGCCAUGCUCCCCACUGUAGCGCUUCCGACCUCCAGAGUCUCUUCCGGGCUUUCGCGGCUUCUGAAUUCUUCCAUUCCAGCUCUGUCCACUUCCCCAAGGCACCCGGUGCCUUUGGCCUCCUGCACAUGCUGUUUCUGCACCACGCCUUCCAGAUGGACGCCCGCCUCCCCCAGCCCGGCGCCCUUCCUCCUCAGAGGCCCCAGGCUUCCCAGGACCUCUGGGCCAUCCACUUCACCAAGAUCUCUUUGGAUUUUGAAGGAACGGAGAAAUUCGAAGGUCACGCCUUGAAUUUUGUUGCUCCUUUCCCCUUGUCCAUCUGGGCCUGCCUGCCCUUCCGUUGGCAGCAGGCCCAGGCCCGGAAGCGCCUUCUGGCCACAGAAGGGAGGCUGAAGCCUUCAGCGAGCUUUGGCGGCCCCAGCCCCUCCGAGACCCUCACUGGGGACACGGUGCCUCACCAGCGGUCAAAGACCGAGCAGGACUUGAAAAGCUUAUCAGGCCUGACUGAGGUCAUGAAGGUUUUGGAAGAGGCCAGCAGCAGGGCCGACAGCAGAGGGCCCCUGACGGAGCUGGAGGACGCGGCAGACGUCCACGUGCUCGUCCACUCCCCGGCACGCGUGUGCGUGAGGCUUGACCACUACCAGUACCUGGCGCUGCUCCGCCUCAGGGAGGUGCUGCAGGGCCUGCAGGAGCAGCUCGCCCGGGACACGGAGGCCCUGACCGGGGCUGGCCUGCGGGACCGGACCGCGUGCAUCGGGGUCCUCUUCCCCAGUGCUGAGGUGGCGCUACUCAUGCAGCCAGCUCCCGGGGCCGCCGAGGCCGACUCCGGGGGCUCCGACAGCACCAGCCUCAUCGAUUCCGAGCUGUCCCCAUCAGAGGAGCGGGAGCCAAAGUCGGACAGCUCCUCCGAGCAGGGCCUGGCCAGCCCUGCCAAGGCUCCCGGGGAUGGUGGCGUGGAACAGCCCGACGCGGACCCUGCCGGGCCCCGGCUGCUCUCCGGCAACGGGGAAGGGCAGGGCGUGGCGUGUCCUGCACCGGGGCCUGCAGGGAAGGGCCACGAGGCCGUCGAUUCCCUCCAUGCCAAGAGACUGAGCAGAGCCCAAGCGUCCGGCUCACCGUCCGCCUCGAAGCCUCUGGGCGCCAGGGACAGCGCGGUGAAUGGGCAGGGCGAGCUGGUGCCCUUGAAGAACAUAGAGGGAGAGCUGUCCAGUGCUAUUCACAUGACCAAGGAUGCCACCAAGGAGGCGCUGCAUGCCACAGUGGACCUCACCAAGGAAGCUGUGUGUAUGACCAGGGACGCUUUCAGCCUGGGCAGAGAUCGAAUGACCUCGACCAUGCAAAAGAUGCUGUCCCUGCCUCCAGCCAAGGAGCCCGUGGCCAAGAUGGAAGGGGGGGUGGCCCCCCCGGCGAGUGUCGGUGCUGCGCGGUUCCGAUUCCUUUCCAUGAAGAGGACAGUAUCUCAGCAGUCCUUCGAUGGCGGCUCCUUGGACAGCAGUGGCCCUGAAGACCGGAUUUCCGUGGACAGUGAUGGCAGUGACAGCUUUGUGAUGCUCUUGGAGUCUGAGUCUGGUCCCGAGUCGCUUCCCCCAGCAUCUCUUCCGAAUGUCCUGGAUGGCGCUGGCACUCAGGGGAGCCCGGUUGUGGAGAGUUCCGGCCUGGGGUCACCAGAGGCCAACAGCUCUCCCUGCCCCCUCGGUCCCUACCUGGUCUCCGUGCUGGUCCUGAGGGUGAAUGAGGUGUCGAUGGGGAUGGAGGUGCGAGGUGAGGACCUGGCUGUGGCCCUGCAGACUCAGGACCUGGCCCUUCAGCAGCUGGGCACGGUGGGACUCUGGCAUUUUCUGCACGAGGAGUGCCCAGAUACAGCCUAUGCAGAAUCGUCAGUCUUGAAGUCCAGUCACCUUAGGCCAGCUGUGGGCCUUCGCUUUGAGGCGGGGCCUGGUGCAGCUGUCCAUUCCCCACUGGCCACACAGAAUGGCUUCCUGCAUCUCUUGCUUCGUGGCUGUGAUCUUGAGCUGCUGACUUCGGUGCUCAAUGGCCUGGGGCCUUUCUUGGAGGAUGAGGAGAUCCCAGAGGUAGUUCCCAUGAAGAUUGAGCUCCUCGAUUCCAGGAUCACCUUGAAGGAUGACAUCCCCCCGAUCUAUCCCACGUCUCCUGGUCCUGUGCCUAUCACUGUGGCCAUGGAGCAUAUUGUGCUGGAGCGGAAGGACGACGGCGUGUUCCACAUAGGAGGUGAGGGGGCUGGCCACGAGCGGAAGGACGGCAGCAUGUGCCAUGUAGGAGCUGCUGCUCAGGACAGACCAUCCGCCGAAGCAUCUAAAAGUGAGGAGCGGCAGGUCCCAGGGGAGCAGGUGUUUUUGGUACCGACAGGGGAGGCUUUUGGAGAGCAGGAGAAAGAACUACCUACUCUGCAGAAGGAACUUUCAGAAACAAAAGCAGCCCUGGCCAGUGCCAACCAGGACCGGGAAAGACUUCUUCAGGAAAUCAGGAAAUACAACCCCCUCUUUGAGCUCUGACAGCGGCUCUGCUGUGUGUGCUAAGGAGAGGAAGAGAUCACCAGCAAUAGUACCACCGAGGGCAGGAGACCCUGUCCGGCGGGGAACGAGUCCGCCAGGAUGCCAGAGGGACUGUGCGGGUGCCCGCCUCACUUCCUGUGGCGUCCUUUCCAGGAGCUGUUCUGACCUGGCUGGAAGACAGGGCCCUGCCGGACUGUGUUCCAGCACACCGGGCCCAGCUCUGUGUGUGGCUGCGGCGUCCUGCUUGCUUGCAGAAAGCCUUCCAGCCCUCUGUCCACUCGGUGCAACAUUCUCAACACUGUAGAGCCAUUUCUGCGCCUGGUUACAUGGCAGAGCCAUUUGCUUCCUCCUCAUCCACGGCGAGACUCCAUCUCCUCAGUCAUCCCUCCUCGGAGCCACCAAAGAUUCUUUGGCCCAGAGCUUCCUGUAGCAGACCCGAACCCGAGAAGCUUGAGCUUUGGCUGUGGCAGUGCAGUGGACAGGAAAUAGUCGUGAGACAGGAGGCGGGAGCGGCACCAAGCACCAAGCCUGACUCUGCCUUCUGGGGCAGGGACCUAAGCUCCUGCCAUCUUGAUGGACCUUACAAUCACAUUCUUUGGGACUCAGCUUCUCUCUUCUCCUUUCAUCCUUGUGCUGCUGUGAUUCUAAGUAAGCAAUAGCAGUAGGUUGGCACCAUCAGUUCCCCUCAGUGACAGUUUGUGUGAAACUUAAAUCAAGGAAAAAAUACUUGGAGCUAGAUUGAAGGCAUACCGGGGUCAGGAGAGAUCAGCAGGGGAUCUUGAUUUGGAGCCCCUCUGGCUGUGUGGAGUUCCAGAACAGCCACAGGAAUGCCUCAGAGCUACCUUCCCUGCUGGGGCCCCGGGCGUUCUCCUUAGCACCUGGUGGAUUGGGAGCUGAGAGGGCAAAGGGUCUCAACCGUAACAUAAACAUCUCUCUCAUGGCCUCUCACCCACCUCCACCACUGUGGCUUUCAAAAUCAUGUCAUUUUAAGUGAAAAAACCCCUUCAAGCCUACCCGGAUUCUGCCCUACCCUAGGGAAGAGCUCGAUCAUCCUCUCUAAUACCUAGUUCUUGCCCAGUGCUUCAUCCAGGCUGCUCCGCAAAACACUUUGGGUUGCGCCGAUUGGACAGAAAGAAGUUCAUCAGCAAACUCCCUUUGAAUUGGCAUGAGAGUAAAAUAAUGAUUAGUUGUGUCACUAAAGUCUUAAUCACACAUGACCUAUUGGAGGAUACAUAAAAUGGUUUCCUUUGUGGGAAAUCAUGCCUAUGUUGUGUUUGUUUAAAUUUUUUUUUUUUAGGAUUAAAAAAUAAGUGCAUUUAAGAAGGAAAAAAGAUUAACUUGUUCAGACUUACGAAGAACUUCUGUCAAUUAUUUUUUGAAACCUUGGUCACUGUCAGAUUAUGAUCUGGUUAUAGUCUUUCUGGAGAGAACAUUAAUGAAAAAUUUUCUAACAUUUGGUUUAACCUUAGUGAGAUUUUUCAAAAUAAGUAACACUGAAACUGAAAUCUGGAUAUUACAGUGCCAUCAAAUGGCACUACUUCCAGCAGUGUAAGAUAAACCAGAGAUUUGAAACACACACACACACACACACACACACACUCACUCACACAGUACAUAAUGGUAUAAUCUGAAUCACAAAAACUCAGGACAGUGACAGAUUCUGUGUGGGAGUAGAAGAAUGAGCGCUGCAGACUUGGAGGUAGUGUGCUCAUUGAGAACUCGGGAAAGCCACCAGGCACUGCUGAGAGGGAGGGCUCAGAGGAUUGCUGUGACAUCAGCACUCAGCAUACAACAGGGUCAAGCACUGAAUUCAGUGAUGGCUUCAUCUCUGCACUGCCUGUGGUCUUCCAUAGCAUGGACAUGGAGGGGCCCCGGAACUGCAGAACCUUUCAGUGGGCUGGAACUAUUCCCACAAGACCGUUCCACAUGGCUCCCAAAGAGAGCAGAAAAGGGAGGGGAGUAGUGAUAAAUCUCUUUAGUCAAGAUCAAGGGCAUGUGCAGAAGGUCCUGACAUACUAGCUUAGGGGUCCACCUCAGAGCCUGGGGUAAAUGGAAGCCCUUCUCAAAGCAACUCAGAAACGUUCGUUCCAGUCUUGCUGGCAGAAUCUGUAUGUGGGUGCAGAAACUUCAGAGGCAUCCUUGAACAGCAGCUUUCUGAAAGGGAUUACAGAAAAACAGAGCUGCUUGGUGAUAAGAGGACAGUAACUAUGUCCCUUGACAGAACCCCCUCAGUGCUGCUUUCAAAGGCGAAGGGAGUGUUCAAGAGAUGAGUCACCCAUCCUCUCAGUAUGGCACUUGGUGGGAAGAGGAAGAGCCUGAUUGGUUUGAAAUGGCAUUCUUCAUCUCUUCCCCCAGACCCCCACAUCCCUCCAUGGUAUCCUUCUACGAAAAGAACAGACCCACAGCAGGUGCGACUUGGUGUACCUGCAUCUUAAGCUUGUGCUUGGCAGGAGGCAUUAGACAAGGGUCCGCCAAGCACCAAGGCAAACCCCUUACUCCGAGUUCAGUUGGGUUUCACGGCACCCUGGCACUCAUCUUUAUGUGAUCAGUGGAACCCAAGAAUGUCUGUCUUCCUUGAUGUGGUAGGUUUGGCCAUUAUAUCUUAAAAUCCUCCCUCAGGAAAAGUAGUAGGGGCCAAUGUCCCAUAGAAUUUUUAGUAAAAUCACCUUGUAUAACUUCAUUCACUGGGGGGAAGGAAGACUUUCAUAAUUGAGAAAUGUGAACUAGUCAGUCAACCUUGUGAUAAGUGUAAAGGGAAAAACAGUGUCAACUCCUUAGAACUGUUUAUGAUUUCUGCCUUGGGGCUGUAAGACUGAACAAGAAAUACCAAUACCUCAAGAAAACUGAGUGAUAGCACUGCUAUCCUUUAAAGACUUAAGCCACUGCGUAUCACUUCAGCUGUGAAGCAUUUACAACCAUGUGUCAUCUGAUUACCUAGGUUUCCUGUUUACAUGGCUGCAGUAGAGCUGUGUUCUACGGCAAGUGGACCAGUAAAUCUCUCUUGGAUGAAUGCAGGAUGGUUAUUAAUCUCAAAAUUUGUUACCAGCUCACUGGAAUAUUAGAGUUUUGGGCUUAAGACAGAGGAAUGGGCUCUAAUCUCCUGAUGGUGUUUGUGCUGUAUAUUUAGUCUGACACUUUGCCACCGGCAUCAUUCUUCAUAUACUUCAUGGUUCUAAAUAGUUCGUGUUUAUGAACACACAGGGAUAAACACCACCCAUCACAUGCCUCAUGGCCUAAAGCUUCCAUUUAACCCAUUUAUAUUGGUUUCCCCUUAGGCUAGUUCACGGGUCUGGGAAAGAAGGUAGUCUGAAAAUGUGUCAUUUUGAUAUGGGUAGUACUAUCCAUUCCGGACCUUUACACACAAACACACAAAGAUUUUUUUCUCAGGUAUUUAAUAGACGUCUCAAUUUCUAAAAUCAUUUAUAGUAAGAACAUAAAAAAUAUGGAAACAACGGAAUGAGCAGUUUCAGUAGCUAGCAGAUGCUACCAAAUUGCAAAUUGGUAUUUGAGAAUUACAAAGGCUGUGUCACAGCUUUGUGAUAUAUCAUUGUUAUUUUGAAGUAUUUCAAAACACUCUGGUAUGUGUUCCCUUCAGAAACUGGGGCCUUCCUCUAACUCUUUGGCCUAUCUUUUGCUAUUAUGGGAGUUCUAGGGUAGGUAUGGAGAGAAGCUAUAGUUGAAUAGGCUAUUUCUCCUAGCUGCUCACAGCAGACAUAUGUGGAAACAUUCUUGGAAACCUUAAACUGUGAGAGCUCGCUAACUGUCCAAAAUUGGAUGUGAUCUUUGUCCCUUAUUACCCGUUUCAGCUUUAUCCUGUCACUUAAAUUGCAGUAGGUUGCUGUCACUUUAAUUCCUACUAAUGUUGAGACACCACUUUCAUUUUUUUCCUUCCCAGCUAAUUAGUUUUUGGUCACUAAUUUGUAGUCCGAGCACUUCUUUAUGGGAUGCCUACACUGACUUUUCUUUGCUGUUUUCAACCCAAGAGUUUCAACAGAAGAUUAAUAAACUCAGAUUUGCCCAACUUUGUGAGCCCAGCUGUUCCCCCCACUCAGGGUGCUAAGCAGAAUUGGGAUCUUUUCUAAGACAUGCUCCUAAGACAUGCUCAGGAAAGCUUCAAAAAAAGAACAAUUUCUCCCUAUGACACUGAACGAUAGAGGGAAGAAUUCUUGGGGAUUGCCAAUUGUAUUCAGUAGCCUUAUUACUGCUAAUCACUGUCAAUAAAAGGUUACACCUUUCCCGUCUACUUGAGGAAAACGAUGAGAAUGUAUCUGAUUAACUGGAAUACUGGUCAGUAUUGGGAAAAUUUAAUGUUGCAAUAUCUAAUCAAACUUUGUGUGUACUGGUUCUGUGAACCAACUGAGAAAAGCAAAUUAAACUUAUUGAACAAUA